AUGCGCCAGCACUCUCUGUACGCGUCGCUGCAGUGCGUCGUGCACCCGGCGGAGCUGGACGCGGUGGAGCUGCAGGCGCUUGACGCAUGUCUGCGCGAUGGCGGCGCCACACUGCUGGAGGACGCGGACGCCGCCAGUGGCAGCGCCGUAACGCACAUCGUGUGCCACCCCAAGGCCUACCAGAGCUUCGUGGCGCAGCGCAACGAGCGCUUCGUGGCGCUGGUGCGUCCCGAGUGGGUCUUCCGCACGUUUCUGCUGCAGAAGCUGCUGCCCGUGGACCGCUUCAGCCCCAACCCGGCGCUCAUCUUCUCGACGCUGGCCAUCUCGGCCGGGACGAUGGCCAAGGACCCGAGGAAGGUCAUCAACGGACUCAUCACCCACUUCGGCGGCCAGAUCGUCGACCAGAAGGAGAAGCUGCUGCAACUCAGCUACACGAAGGCGGAUCUGACUCGCAACGUGACCAAGUGGAGACGACACUUUGAUUUGGACUCGGCAAGCACGACGUUCGCACUGCCGAGCUGCGUUUUAGCGUAUUUAGGGCAGCAGGCGGGGCUGGACACGCAGCAUCAUGUCAAGUUCGCGUGGAUUGAAGAGUGCGUCCUGCGUCAUUGCCGCGUACCCGAAGGCCCGUUCGCUCAUCAACCAACUGGGCCUGCCCCCACGAAGUCGGAGCAGAAGGCGCGCAACUGGAAGACGCAACCGGAGCUGCACUUGGAAGAUUUAAACCUCAGCAAAUGCGCACAGGUUUACAAGCUGGGAAGGACGGAACUUGGUACGGAACUGUCAGUGGUGCGCAAGUUGUCGAACGAGAAACUGGAAGCGAUGAAGAAAACGAUGCAUGGAUCCAUCGUAUUACUGGCGCAGCACAUAGCCCCGCUUCUUCGAGAAAAACUGUCAGAGAUGCUGAAGACCGUAGAUGCCAAGGUGGCGAAUGUACCCUUUGGCGAUUCCUAUCAAGAUAUUGUUGGCAAGGUGGUCACGAAUGCAUCAUUCGUCAUAUGCCGCUACCGCGGUGGGUUCGAGUACGACGAAGCUACACGUCAAGGUAAAAAGGUGGUCAGUAUCUAUUGGGUGCUGGCAGGACUAUCACAGGUCUCCAAGCCGUCACCGUUUAACGAAGCGAUUCAGCGGCCAGUGCGAUCGUUCGGAAGUAUUCCGGGGAUGCAGUCUUUCGUUAUUACGCUAUCCGGGUAUUCAAGCCGGUCAAGCCCAACUCGUGAGGAGCUCCAGAUCGCUAUCCACGCCACUGGUGCAUGCUUACUUCCGGUGCUUUCACGAACGCAUUCGACCCAUUUGCUGUGUUAUGAAGCAUCAGGGGAGAAGUACAAGAAAGCGCUGAGCUGGAGAUUUGACAACGUGCUGAGUCACGAGUGGGUCUUCGCAUGCCUAUCUAAGUGGGAAUAUGUUCCAGAAGACGCGUUCCGGUACACGGCAAUGAAAGAUUUCUCGGGGGAUACUGACAGUACGGCGUCCGACCAUAGCUCGAAGAAGAAGGAUAGCGGCGACAUCAAACCCGAUGAAGAAAUCGUGAGUAAAACAAAGCUUGCUAUCACGCCCAGCGUAAGAAGCGCGAAGAAGUCGGCAAAGGGCGGCCAGGGUAGGUUUGAUGUGGACGGAAUUCUCACUGAAAUCGACAAGGUGCCCACUCCUGCGGAUAAGAAGAUCCCGACUGACCUGGAAACUACAACCCCGGCGACUUCCGCUAAAACAUCGAAAGCGACACCUGGUCGUGCGAAGGAUGUUGCAUGUACGCUGUUCGAUACUCCGACAAACACGACCGCACCUUCAAACAAGCGGAUCUCCCGAAAAGCUGAUACGGAUGAACCGAUGGCACUUGAUGAAACUUCGGCAGAUGUUGAAGAAGUCGAGAAGGAACCAGCGACUAAAGUGACAAAAACUAAUGCCAAAGUCGCGAAAGAGCCGCCCGUAGUUAUUAGCAUCAGCAGCGACGCAGAUGAAUCGGGUACCGUGGAAGAAGCGAAUGCUGGCGCUGGGGACCAGGAACCAGCGAAGAAGACCAAAGCUCCUGCCAAGAAAACAAAGACUAAGAAGCGCAAGGGCGCUGACUUGGAAGAACCAGAAGCGUCGAAGUCAAGCAAAACCUCGUCAAAGAAGCCAAAGAAGGAAGCACCAGCUGCCAAAAAGUCACGCACAGCUUCACCACCGAAAGACAACCGUGUUUUCCUCCUAACCGGCGAUCGAGACCAAGCUGCAGUGCACACCUCGAUAAUUUCGUCGUUGGGCGGAACCGUCAGCAAGUUUGGACGCGUGUUUGACAGUAAUUGCACACACAUCAUCUGCAGCGAGCUCAAACGCACAGAAAAGUUCAUUGCUGGAUGCGCAGCUGGCAAGUGGAUAUUGAAGCCUUCAUACCUGGAAGCUUGCUCUGCCGCCGGGAAGUUCAUCGACGAGGCUGCGCAUGAGUGGGGAAGCCACAAAUCGGACAAGAAGGAUAUCGAUGAACGUAUCUGGCCGGAGGUGUCCGCAUACUGGCGUAAGGAGCGCGCUAGAGGAAACCCUGGUGCAUUCGCGGGCUGGAAGUUUUUCAUCCACGCAAAGUGCAUUCCUCCGCGAGACAUGUGUGAGCGUAUCGUGCUAGCCGGUGAUGGCUCUGUGAUCCCGCUUACCAAGUCCGCCAACUUCGACACUCUAGCGAAGGAGUCAACACCCGAGGCCCCUGUAGUGGCGCUGUUUCCGCCCGAGGUGCCAACACGAGACCUGUGGCUGAAGAAGCUGAAGACACAUGAUAUCGAGUGCAUCAAGGCCAACUUCCUCAUUGACUACAUCACGAAAAAGCAGGCACCGCCUGUCAAGCUUGAAGACUACACAUUCUAG